CACCGCGCGCCGUUAACCACCACCAGUCUUCGGCUUCAAACACGACACAGUGGCCAAAUGACCCACCCACGCAACGGCACACAACAAGUUCCCCAUCCGCUCCUUUAUAUGCAUUAGUGGAAAGCCUGCUGUUGCCGUCGCCGUCGCCGUCGCCGUCGCCCUCGUCAUUCUCGAACAACCGCCAUGGACCAGCAAUCGCCCGCGCCGGGCUCGCUGAGCUGGCGCCUGAGCUCGCACCCCAUCACAUUACUGACCUUCCUCGCAUUCCGAUCGUCUAGCCUUCUCGUCUACCUCUUCGGCCUCCUCUUCACCGAGAACCUCGUCCUCAUAUUCAUCAUCACCAUCCUCCUCCUCGCGGGCGACUUCUACUACCUGAAAAACAUAGCCGGCCGCCGGCUGGUCGGCCUGCGGUGGUGGAACGAGGUCGACCCGUCCUCGGGCGACUCCCAGUGGGUGUUUGAGAGCAGCGAGCCCGGCACCAAGAACAUCAACCCUACCGACAGCCGCUUCUUCUGGCUGGCCAACUACGUCCAGCCACUGCUGUGGGUCGCCCUGGCGAUACUGGCCCUCGUGCGGUUCAUGUUCAUCUGGCUGCCGCUUGUCGCCAUUGCACUGGCCCUGACCAUCACAAACUCCCUUGCGUUCUCCCGAUGCGACAAGUUCAGCCAGGCGUCCAACAUAGCAGGAGGCGCCUUCUCCGCGACAGGUAUGGCCGGUAACAUCGCGAGCGGCAUGGUAGGAAGGUUCUUCAGCAGGGGCUAGUGCCAGGUGGAUGAGCUGGCCGACGGCAGCGUUCACAUCAUCGCUGGCGCGUCCGUGUAGGGAAUCCAAGCAGAAGAGCCUGUGCUUUCCAUGGCAUGAGGACACUGGCAGAAAGGAGCCAUUAUUUUCUUAAAUCGGGUUUCCACGCUAUUGCAUUUUCAACGGCGAACGGAAGGGCAAAAGGGGUAACCAGGGCGCUUAUACCAUUCACAAGUAGCUGGUCAUGUCCUAUACAGGGAAUUCAACGGAGUCUUUCUCAGAGUUGUGAUGCGGCUUUUGUGUUUCUGCGGAUUCCUCCCUCUGUUAGAUUCAGGGAACUCAGAGCUGGAAGCCAAGCUCCGAAAUACAAGUGGAACAAAACUUGUACUCCAACAGGGCAGGAGCGAACAAAGCCUCAGAGCCAGCUCAUGCAAAACACAAUAGUGCUAGCGGAACCAUUACACUUCCUCACAUUGCCCUUGUACACUGUUACAUACAAAUCUAUCCCUAUGCUAUUAA